CUGGGUUCCCAGUAAAACGGUGUCCUUGAAACCCAGGAACGCUGGGGCUGAACUCCCUUUAGCGGUUUCCUUGGUUAUCUUAAAAGUAGGCGCGGUGGGAAAAAGAAACAUAUUGCAGGUUUUCUGUGUUCCCCUUACAAAACACUUCUACCGACCUCUCUGCUUAGGCUGUAACACUUCCUCCAAGUGUGGGCGAAGUAAGUACCUUGCUCAGGAAGUCUCCGCUGAGGCAGCGAGUGCUGCAUCCCAGCCUGCCCUGUGCGCUCCGAGGUCUCCUGGCUUUGGGCUGACUUGCGUUGUACCCACGGGUUCAGUCCACGGAGAAAACUGGCUCUCUUUAGUUUGCAGAGAACACUUGAUGUCGGCCCAAACACCUUGCUCAAAUUCUAGGCUGCUUUUCUUCCAGGAUUUUACAGCCAACGACUGGAUGGAAUCCCAGCAGAAACUUAUCAAGAGUCAUUUGCAUUAGUUUUAGAUUGACUGUCUUCCCUCUCUUUAUUAUUGCUCUUGCAGUUUUUAUUUGCAUAGCUGGGUAAAUAAAAUAUUUGAUCCAGCUAAGACAGUACUUGCCACGCAAAGCAAACUGUUGCUCAACUUCAUAUUGGAUGGAACCUGGUAUAAAGGAAUACGUACGUGUCUGGCACCCGGGUGGCAGCCGGGUCUGCGUCCUGUUGUGUAAAAGAAGUAGCCGGAACACUGUUUAUUCCCUAGCAUUGCUGUUGAAUUUCCUGUGCAGUGCAGAGCACCUGGGCUAUAUCCAGGCAUGUAGAGGACUUAUGAUCGCUGCUGUCAGCCUGGGCUUUUUUGGUUCCGUAUUUGCACUCUUCGGAAUGAAGUGUACCAAAGUUGGAGGCUCAGAGAAAUCCAAAGCUAAAAUCGCUUGUUUGGCUGGAAUUGUAUUCAUACUGUCAGGGCUGUGCUCAAUGACCGGCUGUUCCCUGUACGCAAACAAAAUCACAACAGAGUUCUUUGAUCCUCUCUUUGUGGAGCAAAAGUAUGAAUUAGGAGCUGCUCUGUUUAUUGGAUGGGCAGGCGCUUCACUCUGCAUAAUUGGUGGUGUCAUAUUUUGCUUCUCAAUAUCUGACAACAACAAAACACCCAGAAUGGGCUAUGCAUACAACGGAGCCACAUCAAUCAUGUCUUCUCGGACAAAGUAUCAUGGCGGAGAAGGAGAUUUUAAAACCACAAGCCCUUCAAAACAGUUUGAUAAAAAUGCUUAUGUUUGAAGAGCUUUGCUGGAAGGCUGUGUCUUGAGUUUAUUAUCAAAGCAGACUGUUCACAAUAAUGAGCCCAUCGAAGACCCUCCUAUAAUUAACAAUCAAACUUAUUUGUAAAAUAUGAAUUUGAAGAAUUUGUUGAUUGUAUGGAUGUAAAUGUUCUUACACGGUUAUGCACUAAUCAUUUUCUGUUAUGGGUUUCUAUAAAAAAAUAAACAGGUUAUUUACAGGA